GAAGAAAAAAUGGCGGGCUUAGCUAAUAAGCAAAUCGCAUUCAAAAUAGGAAACCAAAAAGAAAUCUCUCUCUCUACAACGCUGUCUUUCUCUCUCUAGAAAUGGAUAGCAGAGCAGUGGAAUCUGUGAAGACGAAUCUGGAGUCGCUCCGAAUGGCCUGCGACGGAGCGAUUGUCCCUGAGCGGCUGUUUAUCGACGCCUUGACGACGUCAUUUCGAGAAUCCUUUUCUUCGAUUCGCUCCAGAGCGCAAGAAACCGUCCAAUCUCAAGGUAAACUUGUGGAGGUUAAAGCUAGGCUGAGGGAGGCGGAAGAUGAUUUGGUAAAAGCGCUAUCAGUGAAGAACCGUAAAGAGGCCAAACGAAUUGCCUUGAUAGACUCUCUUACUGCUAGUAAAGCUAGGGUUGAAGAACUUAAAAUGAAAGUCCAUGAUCAGAGGGCUAAGAGGGAUGCGUAUGCUGCAAUUAUUUCGAAGCAAUUAUCAGUGUCUGAAGAAACAAAUUGCCAAAACGAAAAAGGUGAAAUACAAGAAGCUAUCUCGUGGUAUAAUAGAGUUCUCGGUUUCCAUGUUGAAGGCGGGCAUGGUGUAAGGUUCAUUUUUAAGAAUAUUAGUAUGAAAAAUCCAAAUGAGGAAUUUUCAUUCACAAUCCGCCAUGCAGACGAUACUUACACCUUGUUAGAUUGUGAUCCACACUUGGAUGACGUCAAGGAGUUGAUCCUCGAGUUGAAUAGAAUGAAUGGUUUAUUCAAGUUUGUCAGAAUAAUGAGGCAGAAGUUUCAAGAAGCUGCUGCUCAAGGACUUUUACCGGAGCCAACAAGUCCUUUUCAGGAAUCUGCUAUGGUUUCUACCUCUGCGCCAGCUUUGUCCAUUUCAAUUGACAGAAGUGAGUCUUUGGCUAAGAAAAGUGAGUCUUUGGCUAAGAAAAGUGAGUCUUUGGCUAAGAAAAGUGAGCACCAUGUUCAAAGGAGAGAAGGGCUUAGAAGUUCCAAGAAACAGAAUAGGGGAAAGGGGGCAAUCGAUUCAAUCUGAUCUUCCGAAAUCGUUCGUCGGUCUCCUCAUUUAUUUGGUCAGAAAAUGUAGAGGCUGCUCUGCCACUGGACAUGCGCAUGUGUAUUCACAAUCUUCUCGGCUAGUCAUAAUUCAUGACUCAGGUGCAUAAUAGCUGACAUACAAUGCGGGAUUCAUAACUAAAUCUGAUACCUUUGCAACUUUAAUGACGUAUCAGCAUCCCCAUGUUGCUUGGUGUGCUUUCACUUCUCUAUUUGUGUAUUGUAAUAAAGUAACAGCUAAUGGAAUGUAUGGGUGACAAUCCCAAAGUUCUUUUUUUAAUUAUAUGUUACAAAAAUGCUUGUAUUUCUUUCGCAGGAAUCCAUAUGUUUUUUCUUCUUUAAUCUGUUACAUUAGUUGGCUUUAAAGAUCGACUGGAAUACAACAAUUAU